GUGUGCAGCUCGCAAAAGCGAUAUUUGCUUUGCUUUCUGUGCGGUGCGGCGUAAUCUGUUUUGCGAUAAUGGUACCGUGAUUAGCAGUUCGUUUCUCCAGCAUUUCGGCGAUAUCGCUUAAGGUUUAGCGCAACGCGGCUAAGCGAAUCCAUCCGACAAGAUGAUACGAUACCGGGUGAUUGCGCUUGUUCUAAUUUUGCUGCUAAUAUACUUCUUUCGAUUCAUUUUGGCGUCCGGCGGUGACCUAAGUCAGUUUUAUCAAAAUUGUCUGAAAUUUUGCACGUUGGACAAUUGCACCAAGUCUGGUAUAGCAUACAAACGUGAGUUGCAGUGGAAGCACGAUCCGAUCAAUAAAUUGCUGUUAUGGACAUGUUACGAUGAGUGUGGCUACGACUGCAUGUGGAAAACGACAAACGCAUUCCACAACAGAAAUUGGACUACACCGCAGUUCUACGGAAAAUGGCCAUUCAUACGAUUCCUUGGGAUGCAGGAGCCGGCAUCGGUGCUGUUUUCGAUAGCAAACUUUUUCACGCACUACAAAAUGCUGCAGCGCUUCAAGCGCGAGGUACGCCCCGACAGUCCAAUGUACGGCACGUGGCGUACAUUUUCUUACAUCUGUCUCAAUGCGUGGAUCUGGUCGACCGUUUUUCACACGCGCGAUUUCCCGGUGACCGAGCUGUUAGAUUACACGUUCGCCUACUCGAUGGUGCUCGCCUCGUUUCACUGCAUGGUCCAGCGGAUGAUACAUCGACGAUCGAUGUUCGUUCGGGCAAUAUUUAGCAUCUUUUGCGUGCUGUUCUUCAUCAAUCACUUUUCGUAUCUGAGUAUUGGCCGCUUUGACUAUUCGUACAACAUGAAGGCAAACAUUGUGACCGGCAUGAGCGGCGCACUUGGAUGGAUUUUGUGGUGUUUGCUUCAGCGCAAGAAACGUCGUUACGUUUGGAAGUGCUUUUUGUUCAUCGUCCUGGCGACGCUGUCGCUACUGUUGGAAAUAAACGAUUUCCCACCGAUCCUGUGGACGUUUGAUGCACAUUCAAUUUGGCAUCUUGUGACGGCACCACUAACAAUAUUAUUCUAUAGUUUCAUCAUCGAAGACUGCAGAACGUUACGUAAAGAAAUGGUUGACAGUAGGGAUGAAGAAGUUCAGAAGCUGCUGUAAGAAAUUUCCAAUGUUGCCAUAGGAGAACCGGAAAGCAGAAUUAAAAUACGUGUUGGGGUUGGCGAGAAACCCGAAGCUCCCGUAGACAAUAAUAUUAUUCCACAAUUGUAUCACACGAACGACAACUGACAGGAAGCAACGAACCCUUAAUGAUCGGUUACAGAGGUGCACACAGAGGGGCACGCAGCACGACACGGGUUAUGCUCGAAAAAUCGCUUUCGAUCGAACGAAAACAGAAAACCUAUUAUAAGGUUUGUUUAUAUAUCCAUACUUAGCGGGAAGAAUAACUAGUUUUUCAAUAUUAAUUAUUAAUUUCCAAACAUAAUCAAUAUGCGUAUUUUGCAAUGGAAAAAUGACAUGGAAAUAUUAAGCAAUGAAGCAGUGUUUAGUGGUUGUAAAUUUUAAAAACUUCGCAGUAGAAUGUUUCUCAAAGAAUGAAUAACAUUUAUCUUAAUUUUUUUGACUACACAAAUUUACAUAAAUUAUGAUCAAAAUUUAAAAUCAUUAGCUAGGAACGAUUGGAAAAUUUGCCAAACUAAUAAUAUUCGUAAGACUUUCGAUGAACAUAAGACGUAAUCGUGCAAAUUAACCUUCUAUUUUACGUUUAUUCGAAAAAGCGUAGUCGAUCAAAUGAGAAUAUUUCAACCUGCACCAUACAGCACAGGCUGUUUUGCUGUUAGAAUCGUUAUAAAGCGCCAGCAAGUGUAGCAUAGUAAGUUUUCAACAUUCGGAACUCGAAAUUAUCCUGGAAGACCUCAGCGAGCGAGGAGGAUAUACUUAUUAGCAAUUAAGAUUUGGAUAGUUCAAUAGGUUCCGUACUUCGGUUCCGGAAAUCUAGUCAACUACAGUACGCCCGAGAUCAGGUGGAAUUGACGUAUGUCCCUUUGUUGCCAGUGUACUGAGAAGGGGCCGUACACUUGGAGCAGGAGUUCCUGGUUUUCUACUCAUCGGGCACUGCAAUAUAUUUAUACGAUUAUGUACUUGUUUGGAAGCAAACAUACUACUACCAUUUCGUAAUGUAGAGAGAAGGUGCAAGACUCUAGACUAGGACCAAUAUACACAUUUUAAUCCAUUCCAGUUCUACUGCGUUUUCUUUCAC